UAAACAGAAUAAUGCUUGGUUACAAAGCAUUAAAAAAAAAAACAAAUUUGUCAGUGGUUGACUUGAUUUGUCAAAUCACAAAUGUGUCAAUUUCGACAGAAAAACGGGAAUCGACGAGGUUUGGUGUGCGACUGUACAUUGAUAUCUGGAUGCUAAAACGAUACGACGGAGAAUUUGCAUUGUACAUGCAACAUUUUGGGUUUUGUGGAGCUAAUUUAUUGUAACCGGGUACUUGGGACGAGUAACGAUGACGGAGCCGGCAAGACUAGAGCCCGAGCUGCGGAACAGGCUGACCCGGUACCUCCACACGGGCAAUGAAUCUCCCAGGUAUUACCCUGGAUGCUGGACCACGCAGAAAUACUUCGAAGAAGACAAACUCCCUGUAAUAAAUGACAUAAUGGCAUUGCAUCAGGGUAAUACUGAAGUUGUUAACAUCAUUUUAAAGGCAUGCAAGGAUGGUUUGUACACGCGGUUUGAUACAAUUGCUUUUGCAUUGGCCAAGUGUCUGCAAGUCGGGGACUGCACAGUAAAAGAGGCUGCGUACAAGGCAACAGUGGAGAUAUGUAUCACUCCUGAGCAGAUGAUGCUGUUCAAUAAAUUCACGCGGCUUUUGAAAACUGGUAACGGCCGAGGAUGGUGCAACAGCGUGAAGGAGUGGUAUAUAACCAAGGAAGUAAUGGAGCUCGCGAAGGACAUGACAAGAGUGCGCGCGCGUCACGGACGUUCCCACAAGACUCUUCUUAGAAAAUCUCAUGUCAAAAUUCCUACUGACGAUUACGCUCGCGACGCGAUUGUGAAGUACGCUAUCUUUGGGUUCAAGCGCGCCAAACAAAUGGUUGGCGAUAGACCUGAGACGAAGGAAGUGUUUGAUUACAUCCAGAAGGUUGAGGAUAUGCGUCAUUGCGAAGACCCCGAGGCGGCCGCAGCAAUCGCCACUCAGAACCAAUUCACUCUUGACCAUGUUCCUGGUCAUUUGCUGACGUCACAGGAAGUGUGGGACGCCAUCCUACCUCAGCUGGGUUUGGACGAGAUCUUGCGCCACAUUCAACGCAUCCACAACAUGGGCUUCCUGACGGGCGAGUCUACGACCACAGCUAUACUGGUGUCACUUCUCAACAACCAGGAUGUCAUAAAGAAGUCGAAAGUCACGGCACUGGAAGUUUAUAUCACGAUGUGUAACUACAACAAGAAAACCAAACCGAUGAAGUUCGACAAAGCUAAAGUGACGGCGGAAAGGGAAUUGCGUCGCCGCACACGUCAGAUGCUGGAUACGAAGACCGGCUUGUGGCAGUGGACCACCACUAAGCGACACCCUAGGGAGCUCAAACAUUGGGGCAUCGACUUACCACCCAACCCAGCCGUGCUGGCCGCUCUCACUAAGCUGGUAGACCUGACAUGGGUUCUGACGCCGCCGACCAACGCCCGCUACUUGAUCACCAUGGAUAUGAGACACCAUAUGUUUAAAGGUCGUCACUUCUGCAAGCCUGUAUCAGUGCCUAAAAAAAGUAAGAAGACAGCGACAACGGCUCCGAAGCCUGCGCCGAGCGGCGGCGGUGAUGCGGACACGGAGAAGAAGAGCAAGAAGCAUCUACUGGCCGAAUGCUUCUUCAAUAUUAAUGUCACACCGGGACAUGCUGCUAUUAUCCUGGCUCUUCAAAUCCUGAAACGUGAAUCUCAAGUGGACUUGGCUGUUUUCUCUGAAGAAGGCAUUCAACUGGUGACCAUCGAACGCAACUUUAGCAACAUUGAAGAGGCUGAAUUCUUGUUAAGGAAAGCGAACUUAGGCCGCGUGCAACUAGACGCACCAAUCAGCUAUGCGACCCAAGGCAAGAAGAAAUACGAUGUCUUCAUUAACAUGGUGGACCGUACCACCCGAUACAUGGAGCUGGACGUCAACAGCCGCGGAGGGCGCGGGUCUGCGGGCCGGUAUGGGCCUCCGCCCCCGCCUGGCAAGGGGCUUGUUGACCACUGCCCGGUGCGAGCGCUUGAACGGUACAGGAAAGAAGUUGGAGUGCCUGAGGCUAAACUGAUAGUGCUGAACCUGGCUUCCCACAAGGUGUACACGACGGACGGCACUCACGAAGGAGUUCUGGACAUCGUGGGCAUAGACGAGUACGUGCCCAAAGUUAUCGACGCGUUCGUACUCGGCCAGUUCAAGUGAACGCAACCUUUCCACAAACAUCGCUUCGCAAGUCUGUCAAUUUUAAGACCGUAUGGUCAUUAUCUCGAUCGAAAAACGACCUUAUACCUCAGUAUUUACAAUAAAAUUGUGUCUAAUAAAAAUAUUACCACCAUGUGUUCCGAAGCGAAUACAAAGUGUUUUAUACUGAACUGAUAUUUCUAUAAAAAAAUCUGAAUGUAAUUCUGAUUGCCUAGAGAUCUUUUAACUAUGUUUUGCAUGUUUUUUAGUGUUAAUUUUUUGUUUUUAAUCGCUGACGAGGUAGUUAUUGGACAGUUGAAUAUAAAGUAACUGUUUCUAUUAACCCUGAUUUUGGAUCUCUGCUUAUUAUGAGUUAUUUUGUAGGAGCACACAUUUUAUUUUUAAGCUAAGAAAUGAAUGUACUAUGCAGUACAUAGGUUAUAUCCAAAUUGGAACAUUUCCAGACAAAAUAUCCUCGAACAGGGAACAGUUAGUUGUCGACUGCGCUAUUGGUUGCAACAUUAUUGCUUUUACGAUUUAGCUGUAAGUCUUAGCAUAGACAAAGUUGAAUAACAUUGAUUGAUGUUUCUGCUACAUGUUAUUUCGAGCCUAUCUAAGUGAAGUUAUUGCUUAUCGGCUAUAUUUACUACAACACGUUAUUAGUUGCAUAAUAAAAGUUUUUGAGAAUAUCAUUUAACUCCUGUUAGCAGUGGAACAAAUUCUGUACCGAGCCUGUUUUAUUGUAUGUUGACAGUAUAUUGAUUCUUCUUUUUAUAUAAUUAUAGAGUGUGUAACUUAGAUAUUGUUAAGCUUAACAUGUGUAGCCUAAAUAUUUGUAACAGGGUCUUUUUGGUUUGUCAAAAAUUGGCCUCUGGCGCUCACUAUUCUUAUUAGUUAUGUGUUCAACGAUAAAAUAACGUAAAAUGGGGGUCAAACAUUGACAAUAGGGAAAUUGCUUUUAUUUAGAACCUAUAAAAGAGUGUAUUUCACGGGCCUGUCGUAAUUGCACCCCGGUAUGUUUGAACGCCAGUACUUUUGCAGUCGUUGUUGAGUUUCAAAUUUAUUUAUUACUGUUUGACCAGACUUGGUCGUAGUGAGGUUGUGCGUUAUAAGCGUUUUUGUAUUUGCCAAAGUAAUUAUGCAUUUGUAAUUUUAUUCAAAAAGUACUGGCUCGCAAACGUAAAUUAGCCGAUAGAAAUUAAUUAUGAUAGCAUAUCUUGGUAAUAUAGAAAAUUAUGAAAACAGGUACAUGCUCAUGAUGUUUAGCGCCAUAGUGAAAUAUUUGUUUUAAACUUAGUAAGCAGUAAUUGUGACUGUGCAUUAAAUGAAUUGGUCACAUUCCACUUGAAGUGAAUUAAAAUAACUACUUAUUAUAAAUAGAUGGGCAUGCAUCGGCUUUCAUUCGUAGAUAGGUAACCGUUUCAGAAUAUUGGUCACUUUUGUACUAAUAGAUGAGCGGAAUUUUCGAAAUCUGUGAUCACUUGGUACUCUCUCGGGAUUAAGUAAUUUUUAUAACUGUAAAAGAAAAAAUUCAAAACUUAGGUGAAGGAAUUCGAAAUUGCUAGAAAUGCUUUUUUUGUAUGUAUCAUUUGUUUUUUGUUAAAAAUGUGUUAGGUUAAUAAACUGUUUAGUAUUAUAGUGGUCAACGCAAGCAUCGUACACUUUAUGCUUCUUACUGUUAAGGUGAUCAGGUUAACCUACAUUGUUGUCGACCAUUACAGGUACUUAUUUAUUGUUUUGUGAUUCGACGCAUCAGUUUCCAGUGUAUGGUUCGUAUCUCGAAAAUAGCAUUCUGUGAUUUAUUAUGCCUUGGCAACUCUGCACUUUGGUGAUAUUAUUUUUAAUCGGUCUGGUUUUCUUUGAAAUUAAAAAUUAUGUUGUAAAAUUUAAAGAAAACAGCCGGUUUUAGUGUUACGUAAUAGCUGAAUAGUAUUAUGACAUUAAAAACUAUUACCUAUUCUGUUGUUAACCGAAUACAAGUACAGGAGUACUUUCUUUGUAUUUUUUUAAUCACUCACAAACAUGAGCUUGCUAGUGCAUUUUUACACGAAUUAAAAAAAUAAAAGGCCGUCCCAAUUGCAAAUUAUCUGUUGUAUUUCAAUACCUAACGUGCUUUUAGCAUUAAGUUACAAGUAGUACAUAUAAUCAUGUUAAUUUAACCCAUUCACAGCAGCAUAUCAAAAAAGCACCUUAUACCUAAUGAAUAACAAUAUGUAUAACAUUCAAAAAAUGUACUUGCAUGUUUGUUUUCACGUGAAUAAACUUUUAAUAUUCAA